ACUUAGACUAUCCACUACACGGCUUCGCUCACUACUACAGGGGUUCCGACAACGCCAUAGUCACCACUCACCAUCAGGUCCAUCGCCUGCAGCUGAUAUUGGAACCGUCCACUCUCCUCGUCCUGGGCUAUAUUACCGCGUGCGGCUCGAUAACAUAAGCGGCGGGUCUCACGAGCCUCGGAAGGGCCACAUGUCUACUAGGCCCUUGUAUGAUGUACCUGCGUUCGCAUCGCGCUAUGGCUCCUGUUCAACACGAGGAGAACCCAGCCAAGCCGGCUAAGACCACCGCCACCUAUUCUGAGGCUGGCCUCCAUCUGCUUGCGGCUGCUGCGCUCGCUACCCUCAAGCAGCAGGCCGCUGCCGCUCAUGACGCGCCCUCCUCCCUCUCUCCCGUCAUCCGAGGCGAUGAGACAUCGUCCCAUGCUGAUGCGCGGGCAGCUGCCAUGAUGGCAGCCAGAGCCACGCAACUCCCUGCACUCUUUGCUGUACCGCCGCAUAGCGUCAGCGCAAGCCCAUACAUCCGACAGCUCGAGGGGUACAUCAGCCACCUGUGCACGGAUGCGCCUACAAACGUCGUGACUGAGGUGCUCGAGAUUCUUUCUACGAUUUGUGAAGAUCUAUCGAUGAUGCGGCGAACGGAACGUGUAAAUAACAAUGCGCCGGCCGGGACCACCGCCCUCGAUCUUAUGCAAACCGAGACAGAGGCCAACGAGGCAAUGGUCGAUGCUCGGGAUGACCCGCAGGAUGUGGAGAUGGAGAUCGACGUCAAGCCGGGUCGUUUCGAUGUCAGCAACGACAGGACAGCGCAUGAUAUCCGUCCUACCCACGGCAAGCCCCAACCGACGUACGCGAUGUCGGACACGCGAAGAACGGAUGUCCCGCAGCGGGUGGCUCGGGUGAACCCUCCGAGGCGGGCCAAGGAUAAGUCAGUUCUUGGCGGUCCCAGGUCGCGCGGGACGUCUUCGCCAGGCCAGCUGCACGCUCCUAGUCCUGCCUCGACAGUACCAACGACUCCGUCCCAGCAGCUAGUGGACCUCUCCAGCACGCUAGAAGUCGGCGAGAUGUAUACCCGGCUGGGUAUCCCAGACCUCUACCGUCGCUCAUUCGACCUCCUCAACGGCCGCAGAAUAACUCGGAGCCCGCACUACAAAAGUUUUGGGUCUGUCAUGCUCACGCCUGGCGCGGCAUACGAAAUCGUUCAGGUGUUCUUCUCAAAAAUGGUCUGCACUACCCACGAGCGUAUCGAGGACAUCGUACGAACCAUCAAGACAUACAACACCGGAUGUCGCGCCGACAUCACCCGUGCCGACACGUCUGCACCGCAGGCUAUCCGGGAGUUCUUGGAGAGCGUGUCAGCAAUUGCCACCCCAGAGACCCCUGGAGCACUGAGAUCCCUUACCCAGAACAUUUGCUACGUUAGGCUGCAUGACUCCUAGGAGAAGAUUCGGACCAGCCUAGCGUCAGGCGAUGAGUUUGGCCGCCAGUACAUCGACUACCUAAAGCUUGAUGCGCGUACACGUGGUCAGGAUCGUUGGCACUAUGCUAGCUGUGCAAAGAAGCCACUCUGCGAGAAAGCCGGUGUUUCCCCUGCCACCAUCAAGAAGG